AUGACGGGCAGAUCACGCCGGGGGGUUAAGUUCCCCCAUAACAAAAACAACGGCCAUUCCGAGGGUGGUCGCCGCCCAAGCUUCAGCGAGGCCAGUGAGGAUGGGUCGCCAGUCAAAGGAAGGGCCGCCGCAGCCCUCGAGAACAUCGACGAGAAACCCCCAACCCCUGAACAGCAGCAGGCCGAGUACGAGAAGAAGAAAGCCAAUUUCAUUACACGGACAUUCUGGACCUUUGUCAUGAUCGGUGGCUUCUUUGCUGCCCUAUUCAUGGGCCAUGUCUACAUCCUAGUCAUCAUCACGGCCAUCCAGAUUGUCUCGUUCAAGGAGGUUAUUGCCAUUGCUAGCGUGCCGAGUCGCGCGAGGGAUCUUCAGUCCACUAAGAGCCUGAACUGGUACUGGCUCGCCACGACCAUGUACUUUUUGUACGGCGAGAGCGUGGUAUACUACCUCAAACACAUCGUGCUGGUCGACAAAGUGCUGCUGCCCCUCGCGACGCAUCACCGGUUCAUCAGCUUUAUUCUCUACGUCUUCGGCUUCGUUUUCUUUGUCGGCUCCCUCAAGACUGGCCACCUGAAGUUCCAGUUCUCCCAGUUCGCGUGGACCCACAUGGCGCUGUUUCUCAUCGUCGUGCAGGCUCACUUCAUCAUGAACAACGUCCUUGAGGGCAUGAUUUGGUUCUUCCUCCCGGCCGCCCUCGUCAUCACCAACGACAUCUUUGCCUACAUCUGUGGAAUUACGUUCGGCCGCACGCAGCUCAUCAAGCUGUCCCCCAAGAAGACGGUCGAAGGCUUUGUUGGGGCUUGGAUCAUGACAGUUCUCUUCGGGAUCUUCCUCACCAACAUUCUCCUACGAUCCAAGUACUUUAUCUGCCCAGCAACAGAUCUCGGGGCCAACAUCUUUACCGGGCUGGACUGCGACCCGAACCCGAUCUUCAUUCCCCGCACUUACUCCACGCCCCACCUCUUUUUCCUGCCACCUGGGUACACUCUCAGCAUCACCACCUCCCCCAUGCAGAUUCACACCUUCUUCUGGGCCAGCUUCGCCUCCCUGAUUGCGCCCUUUGGCGGUUUCUUCGCGUCCGGGCUCAAGCGUACCUUCAAGAUUAAGGAUUUCGGCGACUCGAUUCCUGGACACGGCGGCAUGACAGACCGCAUGGAUUGCCAGUUCAUCAUGGGCCUGUUCGCCUUCAUCUACUACCACACCUUCAUCGCCUUCAAGCGCUCGUCCGUGACACAUGUUUUGGAGCUGGCCAUUAUGGAGCUGACGACGGAUGAGCAAGUUGAGGUUAUCAAGGGGGUGUUGAAGUACCUCACUAACCAAGGCGUCGUAAAAGACGAGACGCCUGCGUCCUUUGAAAAGCUGCUGUCAGCCAGUCUCCAAAUAUGA